GAAGUUUUGCCUUCCUGUCACCCUCAGGCCAAGGAAAGAUUUAGGAAGUCGCCAGAAGAUAUUUUUUGCAGGAGCGGUCACUCUCUAAAGCUAGGCGAGGAAGGGGAGGAGUCUGAGCCUGGUCCCGCCUCUUCUCCAGUAAACUUCUCCCGCUCCAGCUUUGGAGGCUGGAGUUCCUAGGGCUCCAGGGAGCAGUUGCACCCUCCCGGCUUUCCCCAUGGCUUCGGUGACCAGAGCCGUGUUUGGAGACUUGCCCUCAGGGGCAGGGACAGUGGAGAAGUUCCAGCUGCAGUCAGACCUGCUGAAAGUGGACAUCAUCUCCUGGGGCUGCACCAUUACGGCCCUGGAGGUCAAAGACAGGCAGGGCAAGGCGUCAGAUGUGGUGCUCGGCUUCGCAGAGUUGGAAGGCUACCUCCAAAAGCAGCCCUACUUUGGAGCCGUGGUUGGCAGGGUAGCCAACAGAAUUGCCAAAGGAACAUUCACGUUGGACGGGAAGGAGUAUAAACUGGCCAUUAACAAUGGGCCCAACAGUCUGCAUGGAGGAGUCAGAGGGUUUGAUAAGGUCCUCUGGACCCCUCGGAUGCUGUCAAAUGGUGUCCAGCUCUCAAGAGUCAGUCCAGAUGGUGAGGAAGGUUACCCUGGAGAGCUGAAAGUCUGGGUGACAUACACGCUGGAUGGUGGGGAGCUUAUGAUCAACUAUCGAGCCCAGGCCAGUCGGACCACGCCGGUGAAUCUGACCAACCACUCUUACUUCAACCUGGCAGGCCAGGGUUCCCCAAACAUAUACGACCAUGAAGUCAUUAUAGAGGCUGAUGCCUUUUUGCCUGUGGAUGAAACCCUGAUUCCUACAGGAGAAGUUGCUCCAGUACAAGGAACUGCCUUUGACCUGCGGAAGCCAGUCGAGCUUGGGAAGCACCUGCAGGACUUCCAUCUCAAUGGCUUCGACCACAAUUUCUGUCUGAAGGGAUCUAAAGAAAAGCACUUUUGUGCACGGGUCCGGCAUGCUGGAAGCGGGCGGCUACUGGAGGUGUACACCACCCAGCCUGGGGUCCAGUUUUACACAGGCAACUUCCUGGAUGGCGCGCUGAAGGGCAAGGGCGGAGCAAUCUAUCCCAAGCACUCUGGUUUCUGUCUCGAGACCCAGAACUGGCCUGAUGCCGUCAAUCAGCCCCACUUCCCUCCUGUGCUGCUGAGGCCUGGGGAGGAGUAUGACCACACCACUUGGUUCAAGUUUUCUGUGGCUUGAAGAAGUGUGAAGAUGUGACCUCUUCCAGGGCCAGGCUGGGAGCCCCUUCAGCAGCCUGUCUCCUG